GACUGCAAGUCUAAAAGAAUUUUGUGCCUUUUCGCCAGUAUUUCGUCAUUUUUCAUCCAAGUAGCCCUUUAACAAAUGGUAGCAUUUAUGACAUCAGACGAAAUUUGCACAGUAAUCACAUUUUGCCCCCGCAAAACAGACAUAUACAAUCAAACAUUCUCUUGGGAAUGAUGAAUAAAAUGCCUCGUUCACCACCGCAUCAAGAACCACAGGUUGAACGACGAUCAGCUGAUUAUAGUCUAACUACAUUCAAACUCAUUGGAAGAAUACUAUGUCUGUUGCUUGCCCUCGCACAGAUCAGUAUUUUGGCUUUCAUAUAUGUGCUGAGAAUUAGCUUGCUUGGCAUCUCUCUUGGUGUGUUUUUUCUAAUCUUGAUUAUUGCUGUUUCUUGUUUGUCUGCGAUCAAGUGCAAGAUUGUCGACUACAAUUUAUCGGAUUUAUCAAAAGUGUGGAUAAUAUGGUUGGUUUAUAUUUUUUCUCUUGUUGUUCUCUUUGACGUUAUMUUCGCAAAUCUCAGAGAGAAACUUGAUAAGAACAGCUUUUGGGGUCCGAAUAGUCUUCAAGUUACAAUGUGCUUAACGAUUGCAGUUGCUCUACUACUAAUCAGAUCAGCCUCAGAUUUUCAAAAGUACGAACGACUUGGUUAUUGGUUGUGCGCAAGUAUAGUGUUUGAUCUCGUCGAUAACAUCGAAAUUCUAGUCGCCCUAGUUGCCCAAGAUGAGCUAAAAAGUCUUCCACACUAUAUAGCUGUUAUGAGUAUAUCAUGCGCUUCAAUAAGUUUGCUUCUUACGCCUGUGGAAUUGGCUGAGUAUGAACUAUUGCCUAAUCGUCGUGAAAAGCAAUACAGAGUGCGAAAAUGGCUGUCCUUUCCCAAACUUACUCUGAAAAUAAUCGUCAACAUURUCCUUUUGGUGGUUCGAUGUCUAUUAUGGCGUGAGUACAGAGGCGAACCAGCCAUCAUUUUUAUGACAAAAAACUUCAUUGCGAUAUUUGUCUGUGGGACAGAACUCCUCAGCCAUUGUAAGUGUUGUUAAAACAACCGCUAUAGACCUGGAAAAGGAAACUAAACUUUUGUUAUUUCGCUUGGUAAAUUGACCAUGCAUGUGCAAAAUCAAAACAAAAUCUGACUCACAUUAACAAACCAGGACACUAUAAUAAUGAUAGGUUACAUAUAGAUGCACGUACCGAUUGUUAGAUAAUAGAGUACAUUGGAAGCAAUAACAGGAUAUAAAAUAAAACGAUAUCCAAUGUUGCACGACUCUACUCCAUUGGGUUCACGAUUCAUUAUCUCCAACACCGGAAUAAACUUGAUUUAAUUGAAUAGUAUCAAACUAUUAUUGAGUGAUUUUAAAAUACAUGUUAAUAGAAAAAUAAUCAUCAAUAGAUAACAAAUUAUUCAAAUAAUACAUUUAGUUAUGUAUAAUCAAUAUAAUCGACAGUGACACUGAUGUAAUCUUUAGAAUUCACAAGUUUCCGUUGUCCUUUCAAUGCAUCAKUUCCUAGUGUACCUUUUGCAGGGGUCUCACACUUUUGCUGAAUUAAUAAAAUAAACAUUGCACAA